GAGGCACUGGCUUUUCUGCCUAAGCUAUCCGUUUAGUGAGGAGUACCAAACAAAGUUAUCAGCAACUACGAACGGCAGCUCCCAUAGACCUACCAAAUCCAAAACGAAAACCCUUGUUUCGCCCGUUUCGAUUCGAACACCAGUCUGCCCAGAGAUGGACAUGCACUUCCAGUACAAGAAGGACCACACCUUCGACAAGCGCCGCAACGAGGGCGACAAGAUCCGGCGCAAGUACCCGGACCGUGUGCCCGUGAUCGUGGAGAAGGCCCCGAAGACGCGCUACGUCGAGCUGGACAAAAAGAAGUACCUGGUGCCGGCCGACCUGACGGUGGGUCAGUUCUACUUCCUCAUACGCAAGCGCAUCAAUCUGCGUCCCGACGACGCCCUCUUCUUCUUCGUGAACAACGUCAUACCGCCGACAUCGGCCACCAUGGGGGCACUGUACCAGGAGCACUUCGACAAGGACUACUUCCUCUACAUUUCCUAUUCCGAUGAGAACGUCUACGGGCGUCAGUAGACCGGGCUUUGCCCCGCCUAAUCGGUUGAUUUUCAAUUGUCACAUUUCGCCAUUGGCAAGUUCAUCAAUAAAGAAUGACUGCUCCCAGCCAGCAGCUACACAA